GGAGACUCAAACACCCGCUUACUCUACUGUUCAAGCCGCCUAGCCGCGGGGCCGAGAGUGAUGUCGUCAUGGUGGUUCUUUGCACGUAUAAUUUCUGUAACAAUGUAUCGACUAUCUCCACGCUUCUAUACAGACACGAAUCAACACGAAUCAACUACUUAAAUUAUUCAGUACCAUGUUGAAAACCCUCUGUCGCAACUCUUCAUCCGUUCGCAGUACAUUCAAACCUACCCUAACAACUAAGAUCGUACCACAAGCAGCAAUGGCAACAGGAAAAGCUGACAACAAGGACCUUCAGGCAAACAGCCUGUUUGAUUGCUCAUACAUCAAGGCAGUCGUAACAGGCGGUGGUACUGGUAUUGGCUUAAUGAUCACCCAAGCGCUACAGUCCAACGGUGCCACAGUCUACAUUACUGGCCGCAGAGAGGAAGUUCUGCAGCAGACAGCUAAGCGAUAUAGCACAGGACCAGGCAAGAUUAUUCCUCUACCUGGUGAUAUUAGCACCAGAGAUGGUGCGGUCAAGAUUGCUAAGGACGUGGAGAGCAAGGAGACCAAUGGCAUCCACCUUCUCGUCAACAAUGCCGGUAUUGCUCGCGACGACGCUACAAAAUACUAUUCGGCCGGUCAGCCAGAUAUGUCAGAUGCCAAGGCUAUCUCUGAGCACUUCCUCAAAUCGGAGGAGAAGUCAUGGUCGGAAACUUUCCAGACCAAUGUCACAGGCGCCUACUUCACGUCAAUGGCCUUCCUGCCGCUUCUAGCCAUGGGAAGUGGCGUUACACCAGGCUACACAUCACAGGUUGUCAAUGUGACAUCGAUAUCCGGUGCCAUGAAGGGAUCAAGUUCUGGCCAGCCCGCCUAUGCGACUUCAAAGGCAGCUGCAACGCAGCUGAGCCGUGUCUUGGCUGCCCUCUUCACGGACGUCAAUAUUCGUGUCAACACUAUUGCUCCCGGUGUGUUCCCUAGUGAAAUGACAGCUGGUUCGUCGAGCGAGGACAACAAGAGCAAGCUCGAUAUGGAAAUGAGUAACCCUGCUGGCAGGCCCGGCCACGACACCGAUAUGGGUGCCACAAUCUUGUUCUUGGCAGGAAGGGGCGGUCUUUUCUACAACGGUCAAAUCCUAUACCCCGAUGGAGGGUCUACACUCGUCCAGCCAGCCGCCAACAACUAAGAUGGUUAGCAGAUGUGACUCAAUCCUAGGAUAACAGAGAUUGUUAUUGCCACGUAAUCGCUGGUCAAACGUUGAAAAGGGAAGUGGCUUGUAUGUCUCAUGUAUUUAUAUGAAGAGACCGAAUGUAAAUAAGGUCCCAUGAAACUACUUGAAUGCCC